CUAUUUUCUGUUUCCACUGUCCUUAUUGCUUAGAAGUUGUGGGCAGCAUGGAUGUGAUUGAGGAGUUAUAGGUGUCAACACUUACCAAAGUUCCAACAUUUAUGCACUUAUAUUUAUGUCCUAAGUUCAUGGAAUCGGUUAUGGUUAUUGAACUGAACAUUAAGUGGUCUGGGUUGGCUAACUCAAAAUUCAGGCACAAAUGUUUACCCAAGUCCAGCCUAGAUAUCUCAUCUCAAGCAAUACCGAGACCAAAAUAGGGAAGAAAUUUUCAACAUUUCUAUAGACACUUUAAACAGAUCUACUUCCUCUCGUUGCUGUUUAUCAAUGGAUGGUAUUAGGUUGGUUUGCUGGCUUUCAUUAGGACCCCUUCAGUGCCUCAGAAUUGGCAUUAGCAGUCAGAAACUUUGUGGCUUUUUCACUUGCAUUGUUCAAUUACUCAGCUGUGACCUUGCUGAAGUGUGCUCUAAGUGUCCAACGUGAUGUCUUAAGCUGUAAACUUCAAAUAGCUGACAGACAGCAGAAAUGCCAAUCAUAUGCGGUGAAGUGCACAACAUCAUCAAUUAGUUUAUUGUGCAUCUUCUGUUGGGAAGCUACUAUGUACCUAUUUGUAUAGUUAUGCUCAUGGAAUUUUUAUAAAUGAUUUCUUGUGGACGAUAAGUUUUUUGAACUCUGGGGUGAAGGAUCGCUAUCUUGUUCUAUUUACCAAGUUUAAAUAUCAACUGUGCAUAAGAGGUGUAUAUUUUGUUAUGAAAUUUAAGGACAUGUACCUGAUUUUAGCCAUUCUUUACUAUGGAAUAUAUUGAGAUUUCUCUGGUGAAGUCAAUUGUUUCUUAUCUGACUGCAUAUUAUGGAUCUCUCAACAGCCGCUGUACUUGUAUUGCAUGGGUUCCUAAUGGUGAUGGGACUUUUAUAGUGGGCCAUGCAGAUGGAAAUAUGUAUGCAUAUGAAAAGAGCAAAGAUGGUGCUGGAGAUCCUUCGUUCCCUGUUAUCAAGGAUCAAACUCAAUUUUCAGUAACACACGCUCGCUACAGUAAGAAUCCAGUUGCUAGAUGGCAUAUUUGCCAAGGUUCAAUAAAUAGCGUCUCCUUUUCAACUGAUGGGGUCUACAUGGCAACCGUAGGAAGGGAUGGUUAUCUACGAGUGUUUGACUACAAAAAUGAACAACUAAUAUGUGGUGGAAAGAGCUAUUAUGGUGCUUUAUUAUGUUGUGCAUGGAGCAUGGAUGGAAAAUACAUUCUGACCGGAGGUGAGGAUGACUUAGUUCAAGUUUGGAGCAUGGAAGAUCGAAAGGUUGUUGCGUGGGGUGAGGGACAUAACUCGUGGGUUAGUGGAGUGGCAUUUGAUUCAUAUUGGUCAGCGCCAAAUUCAGAUGGCACUGGGGAAAGUGUCGUGUAUCGAUUUGGUUCUGUUGGUCAGGACACUCGAUUGCUUUUAUGGGAUCUGGAAAUGGAUGAGCUUGUAGUUCCAGCGCGUCGUCCUUUUGUUGGAUCUCCCACUCUCAGUACCGGGAGCCAAUCGUAUCAUUGGGAAAGUGCUUGCCCCCCUGGUACCUUACGACCCGCUCCAAGCAUGCGAGAUGUUCCAAAGCUUUCUCCACUGGUCACUCAUCGAAUUCAUACAGAACCUCUUACUGGUUUGAUAUUCACUCAAGAGUCCAUUCUUACAAUAUCCCGAGAGGGACACAUAAAGAUUUGGAUGAGACCCGAUUUUGCAGAAAGUCAGUUGAGCAAUUCUGAUUCUCUGUUGAGUACAAGCUUGAAGGAAAAACCAUCGAUAUCAGGAAAAGUUAUCAGUUCUAGUUACAAAUGACAACUGAACAACCACAAAUGACAGUGAAAGCACGAUUGAUGUUGUCGUUGCCAUUUACCUAGCAUAUGAUGUUGACUCAUAUGCGGUGAGACUAACAGACGGUUGUAUAGCCAGGGUUGACAAUGCGAUUGGAGGUACCAUGAGAAUUGAGAUUGAGAAAGUAAGCACAACCAUUUUGUAAGUAUACGAGAAUUUUCGUAGAAAUGAACAAAAUAAUUGAAGUUGUGCAUUAAAAUUUAUUUAUUUUUGUUUCUUCUGCCUCCUGGGAAUAUCGAUUACAUAGCCAAUUUUGCUGGAGUAAGAGCUUAUUAGCAAUUAUUUUGUAUCCAUCUACUACUCUUGACUUGCUAAACCUCUUUUCUUCUGAAGUUGCAAGGCAAACAUACAGAAUGCAUUUUCAUUUGAAGAUACCGGCCUCCACAACCAGGAUUCAUUAUCA